AUGAAAAACAAAAGAAACAUUAACUGUUCUUGUGCAGCCGAACGCUGUCCGCAUCUGCAGUACCUUAGGACGCUGCUCGAAAACAGCCACAAGGAACAGAUCCCGUACGCCAGCCGACAGACUUCAACAUCCGAAAAUGUAAGCGUCUGGCGGCAGUGGAAACCGUUCGUAAUGCGCACGAUCAAGCUGUCCGGAUGUGUGCUCGAGACGGUGAUGCUGCUAUGGGUGGCCAUCACGCGCUUUUGCCUUCAGAUGUGGCUUCAGCUGCUAGAUGCAAAUCGUUCCGCUGUGGUGUUGUUCCUGUUCUUCACCGUUUCGCUGAUCUGUUCGAUACUGGGUGGCGUGCACAGCGCAGUGUCAAGGUAA